UGUUGGUUGAAGAUAGGACACAGUUACAAACUUGACGUCACGACGUGCUGAGGAAGUGGCUGGCUAACGGGGUUGGGAGCGUGACUGAAGUGAAUCCCGCGUACACCCGUAUUUUCUUAUUCUUCGUGAACAUUUCCGAGCGAUUUCAUGUGGAGACGUAGGAAAAAGGUUUUGGAAACCAGUUAGAAACGCGAUUGUUACGGUGCUGUUGGAUCUUGAAAAGUGUCAUCAGUCUCAUACAAAACUCGUCAGUUUCUCUUGCCGGUGUUGUUCAAGUUUGAUAAAUGGGGCCUACCGGAAAGAUCAUAAUUGUGUUCUUCUUCGUCACUUUGGUGGUAUUAGUGGUUGUCAUUGCAAGCACUUUGUCGGGACCAGCAGAUCCAGGAAAAUGGAAUUCUACACAGGAGAAUGGCACAGAAGAUUUAUCCAUGGGGGCCAUUGGCCUGGCUCCAAAUCGCGGUAAUACCGGCAGUGGCAUCGACAAAACCGGAAGACUUAAGCCCAAAUGGGGGUGAUCGGGCAUUUCAGGAGUGUGGUCAUGCUUGCCGAAGUUUCAAGGAACACAGCGUGUUCAAAUGAUGUUCAGUAUGUGUGGGUUAUUUCCCUUUUAUUUUUUGUGGUCGUUCACUGAAUAUCCAUUUUCAUUUAGAUUUCUUGAUUCCAAAGAUCCAAGUCAUGGUUUGAUUAUCUUGUUAACCGUUUACACUUUCACCAAUUUCAACUGUCAAAUGUCAUCACAUCACACAAUGUCACACCUCACGCAGACUCCUGACGCUCAUGACAGAGUAAUAGAAUAUUAUUACCAUUGUAUUCUAUUACUCUGCUAUUAUAUUACUCUGCUCAUAAGUCAUAAUCACGACUGAACAAAAUUUUUCUCUAAAUACAUCAUUUGUAAAUAUA